AUGUCUACCCUCUUUGGUUCAUCGCCCGCAGCCGCGGCCACCACAAGCACAACUGGGGACCUCUCAAAGGAUGUCGCCUUAGUGCAACCACCAGAAGACAGCACGUCUCAUCUUGCAUUCUCCCCACAGGCCGACUUUCUGGCGGUCUCGUCAUGGGAUAAAAAAGUCCGGAUAUACCAGGUGAACGAGCAGGGGCAGAGCGAGGGCAAGGCUGCUAUGGAUUUUGAUGCUCCAGUGCUGGGCUGCGCAUGGUCAGACGACGGCCAAAAGGUUGCAGGCUGCGGUGCCGACAAGACAUUCCGACUCCUUGACCUGGGAUCGGGCAAUAUGACUCCACAAACCCUCGUCGCCCACGAACAGCCCGUCCGAGCGUGUCGGUUCGCGAAUAUCAAUAACUCGUCCAUUCUCAUUACCGGCUCGUGGGAUAAGACCGUCAAAUACUGGGAUUUGCGGACUCCAAACCCUGUCGCAACACUACAAUGUCAGGAGCGAGUCUACACCAUGGAUGUCAAGAACAAACUUUUAGUUAUUGGUACGGCAGAUAGAUACAUCAAUAUCGUCGACCUCAACUCGCCCGAGAAGUUCUACAAGUCGGUACAGUCCCCGUUGAAAUUCCAGACCCGAGUGGUUAGUUGCUUCACGGAUGCCACUGGAUUCGCGGUGGGCAGUAUCGAGGGAAGAUGUGCAAUCCAAUAUGUGGAAGAAAAGGCCGCCGACAACAACUUCAGCUUCAAAUGCCACCGCGACACGCCCGCCACCACCGGCCCCAACCGCGAUGUCGCCAAUGUCUACGCCGUCAACGCCAUUUCCUUUCACCCCGUACAUGGCACGUUCUCGACCGCAGGCAGCGACGGCACUUUCCACUUUUGGGAUGGUAAUGCGAAGCAUCGGCUCAAGGGUUAUCCAGCAGUGGGCGCGCCGAUCACGGCAACGGCAUUCAAUAGGCAAGGGACAGUGUUUGCAUAUGCGGUCUGCUACGACUGGAGCCAAGGCUAUCAAAAGAACACACCUCAGACACCAAACAAGAUUAUGUUGCAUGGCGUGCAGCCGGAAGAGGUCAAACCAAGACCCGGAGGGAAGAAGAGAUAG